GCUUGCGCCUCGCCGUUUGGAAAAGCCAAUAUAAACCCCCGUGUGUGCCGCCCGUCCUCGUCCUUAGUCUAGUCUACUGGCGUCGGCCGUCCGGGAUCGAAAACAUCGGCGUCGCGGCGUCGUCGGUGGUUGCACCCGCGCAGCCCCCGGCCUCGUUGAUGAGCCCGCGUUGGGGCCAUGGGGCAGGCCGAGAGCAGAGGCGAUGAGGAAGAUCCGGAAAAAUUCGGCUGCGACUCCAGGAGGGAAUCCGAUAUUUUGACUGAUAGUGAAGUGACCUACGAAGAGGCGGCCCGCUUGACAGGCGACGGGCAAGACGAUGACUUCGAGGACGAGUUCUGCGUGUACCACGACCUGCCGCCGCCGCCGGACGGCGGCUACGGCUGGGUGGUGGUCUUCGCGUCGUUCAUGUGCAACAUGAUAGUGGACGGUAUCGCGUACACGUUCGGCAUAUUCCUCACCGAAAUCGUCCAAUACUACAGCGAAUCGAAGGGAAAGACGGCUUGGGUGGGCUCCCUGUUGUCGGGCAUGUACCUGAGCGCCGGUCCGCUGGUCAGCGCGUUGACCAACAAAUUCGGAUGCCGCGCCGUUUGCAUAUCGGGCAGCAUCAUAUCGACGGUGGCGUUCGUGCUGUCGAUCUUCAGCCCGACGGUGAAUUGGCUGAUGUUGACGUACGGUUUCAUGGGCGGCGUGGGAUUCGGUCUGAUCUAUUUACCGGCGGUGGUUUGCGUCGGGUACUACUUCGAAACGAAGAGAUCUUUAGCUACCGGUAUAGCCGUAUGCGGAUCGGGCGUCGGCACGUGCGUUUUCGCCCCUUUGGCCACCAUGCUGUUGGAGGAGUACGGUUGGAGAGGAGCCAACCUCAUACUAGCCGGUUUGAUUUUGAAUUGCGCGAUAUUCGGAGCGCUGAUGCGGCCUUUGGAGUACCCCAAAGACAACGGCGAGAAGCCGCUGUUGCAGAGAAUGGCCGAGGAGAGGAAACUCGCUAUGGAAAGGGGCAGCAUCGGAGGAUCGUACUUCAUGGUGCAGCUGCCCGACGGCACGAUGGAGAAGAGGCAAAAGCAACCGCUCAACAGGGACCCGGGCGUGCAUUCGAGCUUGGCCUUGGACCAAUUGGCGGCCGGUAGUAACAUGACGCCCAUUCCGACGGUGCCGACGUUGCCCACCAUCACGGAGGCCAGGGCGAUCGAGCACAGCGGCAGCUCGGGCUCGCCCAGUCCCAGGGAGAGCGCCAACGAGAUCAAGAACGCGGCGAACGCGAAGGGCGAGGAAAAGUCGGAGGCGAACGCUCGCAAGGAUUCCGACGUGGGCAUCGAGAUAUCGGCGCGGAAGACGAGCAACAACGCGAAGAUCAUUAGGAACGCCAGCCAACCGGCGUUCACCACUCACGUGCAAGGGUUGCCGAAGAACGGAUCCGUGCCGACGUUCGAUCGAAUGAGGAAGACCUCGUUCGGUGAACGAUUCAAGCCGACUUUAGUUCCUAUUAUAUCGACGUCGCGGAACGCCGUGAACAGUUCCAAUAGCGAUAUGAGGAAGAAGAGGAACGAUUCGACGGGGUCGUUUCUUAGGAACAAUGCUAGCGAGGUUGAUGUAGAAAGUUUAGCCUAUACGUCCAAAUUAUCGAUAAGUAGUAGGAAGGAGAAAGCUCAAAUGGUUCGACCGAUGUCGAGGAAGGAUAUUUUUUACUCGGGCUCGGUUCUGAAUUUGCCCGAAUACAAAUCGCAGAAAUCGCUCGCGAACUACCGACAGAGCAUUCUGAGCCUGCCCCAAUUGAAAACUGACGACGACGAUGGUUCACCUGGUGAUAUUUGCCCGUGCUUGGUACUUCCUGAUAGCUUUAAGUCCGCGCUGUCGCAAAUGCUAGAUGUAAGUUUACUGAAAAAUCCUGUGUUCGUACUUAUAGGAAUUUCCAAUCUAUUCGGAAUGGCCGGAUUGUACAUACCGUUCGUUUACCUAGUAGAAUGCGCCAAAAAGGACGGUAUCGAAGCGUCGCGAGCGUCGUUUUUAUUGUCGAUAAUAGGAAUAACUAACACGGUGGGUCGCUUGGUGUGCGGCUACAUCGCCGAUUUCCCUCAAGUGAACGCGUUGUUCGUCAACAAUUGCUGUUUAAUCGUAUCCACGACAGCCGUAGCCUUAACUCCAUUUUGCCAUACUUACGCUUUGUACGUCACCGUUGCGAUAUUUUUCGGCAUCGCCGUAUCCGGCUACAUCUCGUUGACGUCGAUAAUCCUGGUGGACCUGCUCGGCUUGGAGAAGCUGACGAACGCCUUCGGUUUGUUGAUACUGUUCAGGGGGGCGGCCGCCAUCGUGGGCUCGCCGCUGGCCGGCGCCCUCUACGACGCCACCGGCUCCUACGACGUGCCGUUCUACGUGGGCGGCGGGCUGUUCGCCAUAUCGGCGGCCACCAGCUUCGCGGCGCCGUGCCUGAAGGGGUUCGCGAAGGGCGACGAGCCGUCGCCGGGCGACGGGCCGCUGGCGCCCAUCGACGAGGACGAGGAGGAGGAGGAGGACGAGCCGAUCACGAUGGGCGGCAAGAGCAUACCGACCAUCGUGGAGACGGCGACGUCGAGCCCCGACGAGAAGGAGGAGAUCCAACUGAAGGAGUCUGUGUUAUAAGUACAAAUUUAGAUUAGUUUCGACUGUUGGGUCGGUUUCUGAAAUCACCUGGAAAGAUAUUGGUUUUUCUUUUUUCUAUCGGCGUGCCUGGUGUUGUUUAUUGGAGAUACGUGUAGUAACAGGGAGUCGUUGUUUUUGAAUUAUCAAUAGCAAAUUAGCGUGUGGAAGAAUUAAAACGUGACUUUUUAUCUAUUAGUUAUUAUACAUACAAUACCAAAGGGAAAUUGUGUUAAUAAAAUGAGAAAGCCCUACAAACACUAAACUGUAUUAUUCGAUAUUAGAUAUAAAAUUAUUUUUUUAUAUUCGACUAUAAAUUUUAACACUAAUAGGUACUUAUUAAGUUUCAUUUAAGACUCGACUACAUUGUAUAAUAAUAGAUUUUAUGUAAUUUUUGUUACAUUGCUUGCCUUUAUGAUUGAACAUGGGUAGUUUCCGAGUAACAUUCGCGAAUAACUUGCCAUAAAGUUAUAGGUACUUAAUUUUCUAUUUUACUCUUUAUUCGCCACUAAAAGUGAUUGGAAAACACGCCAUUUUCGUUCAUAGAUAAAAAUACAAAUCAAUUAUCCAACAAAAGAACAUUAAAUAAGAGUGCGAUUAAAACCAUUAGUGUCUUCAGGGUUUUUUCUAUGUAAUAACAAACAUGCUAAACAAAAUGUAACCCGAUGUAUUUAUUCCGAGAUGAUAAAACGUGUACUUAAAAUAGCCGAAUAUAAAAAUGACAGUGACGAACAAAAUUCGAUCAUUUUAUUUGUUAUUGAUAACAAUAUCUGUGAUAAUAAUACUGGAGUCAGAUAAACCCGUUAAUAGUAUUAGCUUCAACGAAAAUGUUUGUAUAAUAAUAAAACCAGUUGGACGUACUAUAUAUUUUUCAGGGUGAUUGAAUUUCAGAAAAAUGUAUUAAAUAGCGGAGAUAAUGUUUCAGCCGAAUUUUAACAUGUUACUGUAGUUUUGUUGUCUCCAUUGAACACAUUACAAGGUUUAUUUUUGUACGCUAAACGUAAAAUAACUGCUCUAAUAGGAGAAAAUAAAACUUGUAAUAUUCGUUAAGAUCUCAUCGAGUCAAUUUCCAUAAAUAAUAGUCUGGGUAUUGUUAAAUCGGCAUGUAAUAAAAGGGGUAUCCAUGAAAUUUAUUAGGAAUCAUUGAUGCGCUGUAACGCAUUCCAAUAAUUUCGUUUUAUAAUUUUUUUGAGUUGUAUUAAAAGAAAAAAAAAGGGGUCAUUAUUUUACUUUGUGUAAGUAAGGUAAAAGUAUAACAAUAAGUGCGUAGUAGCAUUGUGCCUAAUAAAUUUAAAAAUGUAUAAUUUUCAGUAUCCAAUGUUAAUGUUUUGAGGAAAUGAGGUACUUUUUUGAACCGCAGAGCACUCAUAUACUUAUUGCAAAAUUUCACGAAAUGCUUAUUUCUGAAUAUUAUUAAUAAGUUUAAGUGAAACUUAAUUCCUCCGAUUUUUGAAAAUUCUUUAUUCUUUUAGUGUAAGAUUCUUAUAGUUACCAUAAUAUUCUUUUUAAUUAUUUAUAUGCAAAUUUAUUAUCAGGGCUUUUUUCUACUGUAUUUAAGAUAUUUUAACUUCGGAUAUUUGCAUAUAAAUAUUAAACAAAAUUUAUUAUUACCUAUCCUUAAAAGUGUAAAUAUUAAAAGGAUAACCGUUGGACGAUUUCAAUUUUAUGUAAGUGUAACAUUUAUUGAAAAAAAAAUCUAGAGGACUCUCUCUAAAAAAAUAACUAUCCAUGUUUGAAGAGUUCUAAAAAAUUGUUAUGAAAUGAUAGAAAAUGUACAUGCCACAAUUGCUUUUAUGAUGAAAAAUUAACUACAUAAUUGAAACAUAUAAAGCACGACUUCUGUACUUAUUAGAUAUAAUUUUUUCGAUUCUUCUCCUCGACAAAUGCAACUCGGUAAUAAAUUUUGUUAAAGAAUUUACAUUAAUUUCUAAUUAGUGAUAUUUAGUAUUUUUUGUGAAUAUUAGUAUGUAAAUUUUAGGCUAUGUACAUUAAGAAAUUAUAUUUAUGAAUGUAUGAUAUUUCUUUGACAAUAUUAAAUUUUUUAUUUUC